ACUAAAGCUUUACGCAGGGAAACCAACACCACGCAAUAAGGCUUUAAUAUUUCAGCUUCAGAAACUGGAAACUGAUAAAUGGUUAAGAAUGRCACUGACAACUGAAAAACAGUGUUAGUUUCAAUUGACUUUUCCAAAUUGUUCACAACAAUCUUAAAAAUUAUAAAGCGUUUGCUGCCUGUGACACCUUGGAACGCACACGAAAAUGGCAGCUUCCGCCACAGCAUAUCUUUUGCUGGUGUUUUGUAUUGGAUUUCAGUCAUGUUUGAGUCAAACUAGCCAGCAGCCACAACAAGUUCACCUUUCUGCGACAGGAAAUGCAACAGAGAUGGUGGUUUCCUGGGUAACCAUGGACUUCACAACAGAUUCUAUUGUUGAGUACAACAAGAAAGGAGGGCCGCUUGACUUGAAAGCUAAUGGUAUAGUUAUCAAGUAUGAUGUGAAUGCUGGUACAGCUAAAAGAACCAUGUACAUGCACAAAGUGACUUUGACUGGACUUAUUCCUGGACUAUCUUAUGGAUGAUGGUAGGCGUGGUGAUGUGUUUAUGAGACAAAUARAACCAGUGGCUGCAUAUUUACCUUACAUGACAUGCCCUGGUAACCAUGAGAGCUACUACAAUUUUUCUAACUAUCGAUAUAGGUUUUCUCAUAAUAUGCCAGGGAACUAUGAUCGUAUGUAUUACAGUUGGAACAUUGGCCCAGCACACAUCAUCAGUUUAACAACAGAGUAUUACUUCUACCCAAACUGGUUUACACACAUACAAGGAAGCCAGCAAUAUGAUUGGCUAGAGAAAGAUUUGAAGGAAGCCACUGCCCCUGAGAACCGCACCCUUCGUCCCUGGAUAAUAACCAUGGGCCAUCGUCCAAUGUAUUGUUCCAACCUAGACCAGGAUGACUGUUCUAAGCAUGAGAGCAURGUACGUACAGGCAAUCCAAAAACAAAAGUGCCAGGCCUGGAAGAUCUCUUUUACAAAUAUGGUGUUGAUCUUGAGCUCUGGGCACAUGAACAUUCUUAUGAGAGACUGUUUCCUGUAUACAAUCGUCAGGUGUGUAAUGGCAGUAAAGAGGAACCAUACACCAAUCCAUGUGCACCAGUUCACAUCAUAACAGGAUCUGCUGGCUGUUAUUCAAAGCAUGAUCCAUUCAAGCCAUACUAUGGGCCUUGGACAGCUUUCCGUAGUUUGGAUUAUGGAUACACUCGCAUGAAAAUUGCCAACAAGACKCAUUUGUAUAUAGAACAGCUAAGCACAGACCAG